GAGUGUGUCAGUGCCGGCCCGGCUGGCGCGGCGCCCAGUGCGGCGAGGCGUGCGGGCCCGGCUGGUGGGGCAUCAACUGCUCGCAGCCGUGCCGGUGCGCGCACGGCGCCGCGUGCCGCCCCAUCGACGGCUACUGCCGCUGCCCGCCCGGAUACACCGGCAACUACUGCACCCAGUUCUGCCCGGAGGGGUACUUCGGCGACCACUGCAUGGAGGCGUGCAACUGUCCGUCGGCCGGGAACUGGGUGUGCGACCCGGUGCGGGGCUGCGUGUGUCAGCGCGGCUUCAUCGGCGAAGGCUGCGACCAGCACGCCAGCGAGGCCGUCGUCAUAGGAGAAGCUAAAGCAGGAUCGAACAGCGGUCUGAUAGCGGUCGUGAUCAUAUUGGCACUGCUUUGCGCCGCCGCCAUCGUCCUCGUGUUGCUGUACUACCGCAACCGAGUCAAGAACCUGAAGCGCGAGAUCGCGCACGUCGUGUACACGGCGGACCCGCACUCGCAGCCAGAACAACAACAUUUCGAUAACCCGGUAUACUCGUACCAAGGGUCGACUAGGAGCGACGACUCGGCGAGCUUGCUGAACAACGCGACUCACAUUGUGAACAACCUGGGCACCGGGACUAAACUAUCCAACACGACCAUAGAGAAGCUGAGAAUGAAGGCAACAGCGUCGAACGAUGCGUAUGACCCCAUGUCUUCUAUAAAAAACAAAGAUGCCGAUGCCAAUAACCCCAACCUGUAUCAGUACGUUGAAGACAACAAAUUGGAUCAUGUUUAUGAUGAAAUCAAACACAAAGAAGGAUAUGAAAUCGAAUACGAUCAUCUCAACUACACGCCGCCGGCCAACAAAUGGAAGCCUCACUACCACCGGAUGCCGAAUGGAUUGACCGCGUCCAACGCGCAGUCCUCGGCGUCGUCCAGUUCUAACGGCGACGCCGCGACGCCGCCCAUCCCGCCCCUGCCGCGCCGCGCCACCACCCCGCCCCCCAACCCGCCCGCCGCCCCGCUCGCCGCCCCACAGAAUCUCAGCGACGACGAAACAUCAACACCGUGAUGUGCUCAGAACUCGAUAGUAAAUAACCCGGAAUAUAACGAAGCGAAAAGAUCGAAUAUCCAUUUUUUCAAUUUAUCAAUAGAGCGCUUUUAUUUUAACUCUUUACUCAUUAGACUUUUUUUUUUUGCUUGUAAGCACAUAAUGUUCUACCCUAUAGUAAGUACCACUGAAUUAAAAUAGAAGUUCAAUUUAAAAAAAAACACCACGAAAAAGCUAAUGAAAAAAUUUAGGAAAAAGAUCCGCUAAGUAAUUUUCUAAUUCUCAUAAGUAACGUUAAUUAUCGAAGAUUAGACUUAAGUGGUUCCAAUGCCUAAAAUCAAUAUGUUUUAAUUCUACAUGAAACGAAUAUUGUAGUAGGCAGCUGCUCGGCCGUCACCCUAGCUUAUGAUUACUGCCAUCAAGCCAUGAGCACAUUCGCCUUCUAUACCAAAAAAAGUCAUUUAAAAACAAUUAUCCGACUUUAAGGCUCUGAUGACAUCAUACAUUUAUGAAGUAUGGUGGACUGUCGACUGAUUUUAGGUAAAUUAUAAUUGAAAUUUUUGAAUUUUGAUAGAAAAUCGUCUUCACAGAAACGAAUAAACGUUGUUUUAAAAUAAAACUGGAUAUUCGAACUUUAAUGUCGAGAUAUUUUGAUCAUGUAAUUAACACUUUACUAUGUAUUUUAGUUACAGUAUUGGUUAUGAAAUAUUUGUACAGAGAACAGGAUGUAAGAAAAUGAGACGCGUAAGGAAAACUACGUAUUUUAGAUCUAAUUAUUUUUUAAUUUAAUCAUAUUGGAGCUUUACUUUUAUAUAAAGGCAGCGAAAUAUUAUAUUUUUCUUAAAUUACAAUUUUACUUUUCGUUACAUACUUUUGGAACGUUCAGAUAUAUGCAUAAAUUAAAUAGGGAUUGUUCUUAUAUAACAAAACUGUUAAUUUAGUUAUAGGCUUUACAAAUUUUAAUCUCUUAUUUUUGGAUAAGAUGUCCUUAAUAACAUCAAGUUGUAGUGAAAUUUUUAAUUUUGAUAUUUAAUAUAUUUUAUUAAAAGAAAUUACGAUUAAUUUGUAUCCAAAAAAGAAUUUAUCACUAUUUUUAUUCAUUAAAAAUAUAAUCUCUGAAUCUUAUUUUUGUUAACUUUAUUUUUGUGAACAGUUCGCUUUCUUAUGAAAUUAAAAAACUAAAGUUAUGGCAGUUAUUUAUGAUUGAUGUUGUUUGGUAAAAAAAAAAACUAUGGUUGUAAAAUUAAGAAAAACACUAGUAAAUACAUAUCGAUAGAACUGUUAUAUAUAAAUGUAUUUUUUUUACAAAAACUUUAAGUGUUCUAGUAUUACAAUAUAAUAUUUUUCGAAAUUUUCAAUGUUUGAGUACUAAACUAUCGUAGGAUAAGAUUAAGAUUUAUAAUUUACGUAUUUUUAAGAGUUCUCAUGUGCUCGUGAUAUGACACCGAUGAAUAUAUUUACUUCGAAUGAACGUUUUCAUAAUUCUAACUCAAUAAUGCAGUUAAAAAACAAACAAAAUAUUUUCUAGUUGUUUUAAGACAAUUUGUAUUUAAAAAAAUGUAUUUAGACUUAGUAAGAUGUACAUUUAUUUAUAUGCCAACACUAGAUCAUUUUUCGGAAACCACCAUUCCUUUCACUGUUUUUUAUGAGUUAUAUUGAUACCUGAAUUUUCUAAUAUAUCGAUGUACAUGUUUUUUUUUCAUUAAUAUUGUGUUGACAGUUUUAAUUUUUUUAAAUAUGUUAUUAAUUUUAUAAAAACUUUAAAACUAUACAAACCUAUAUAAAUUUAUUAUGUUACGCAUUUUAUCAGCUGUAAUGUUGUGCAUGUUAUUACGUGAGUAAUUAAGUUCAGAAUUAUAUUAACAUGAUGAAAUGAAGUAUUUAUAGUAUAAAUAUAAUAAAAUAAAAUAGUAAAAAAAAAUUGAUAAAAGGACUCAAAUUAAAGUGUUCGAAACUUUGCUCAAUAAGUGUCAAUUGAAAGCAAUGGAGAGCUUUAAUAGAUUUCUCAAAAAUAUUAAACUAAAUUUUAUAUCUAUUAGGGUGUAAUGAAAGAAACUUAAUUCUAAAAAAAAUCUGUUACUAUUUAUCGCAAUGAAUAAAAAGAAAAAGAUAUUUAUGAUGAUUUCUUUAAUGAAUUAAAAUGAAACUAAUUCGCUUAUGUUUCAUUCACUUGUGUUUCAUGUUUUCAAAGCAGUUUUAUUAAUCAACUUUUUUAUCGAUAAGGUUGAAUGUGAUAUUAUAAUUUAUAUUAUUAUGUAAAAAAUAAAUGAU